AUGUUUUGGGAAAAGCGCAACUUUCCAGGGUUCCACUACGUCUCCUCAGACGCUUCCGACCCCGAAACGCGCAACGGGACAAUCAUGGUGCACUCCACGAUAAUAGAGAUGCUGGCUAAUGCGAAACUCUAUGCAAAGGCCGCCGCAUCAACCGACGAAAUUCGAAAAAUGAACGCCGAGUUCGGGAAGGCGUUCCAGGUGUGCUCGGAAUUCCCUAGCGCUCUUCUGCCGUUCCACGUCGAAGCGAUCCCUGAAUCCGUCUGCGAGAUCGUCGAGUCCCUGCCUGGAGAUGCAAAGACGGGCGAGGCGUGGCCUGGAAGUCUGUGUCCCGAUUGGUGCAUGAAGCAGGCGCCUGUGUCUCAAUCAACGACCCAAUCAGGUGUCGUGGAAGUCCGAUGGUGCCGCCGCAACACUGACCAACCGCGAUGA